AAACAGGGCGAAACUCGAGCCUCGAUUUUUCCUCAUUUUCUUUUAGUUUUGUUCAUUUUUCUCGCCCAAUUCCGUGUUCAACGUGGAAAAUUUGUGCUCUCGCACACACAAAGGCCCGACUUUGGCCUCGAACUCUCGAGACAAUCACGAAAACUCGCGUGUAAAUAAUUCGCCAGGGAAACCAUUGAUGUGUUAGGAUUAAGCAGCAACGAGUUUUUGUGCUUUUUACGUGAGACUUUCCUCUCGAAACGCCGUGCCUCAAGACGAAAAUCGCUGUGAUUCGAUAAAAACCUGCGGAAAUUGCGCCGCAUUAACUUUCGAAGGAGGAAAUCCGAGUGAAAGCUGUACACGCCCGUACCUCUACACGCAUACGGAACGCACGACGCGCUCGUUGAUGUUCCAAAAUGUUCUCCAAGAAGAAGAAAAAGCCGCAAAUCUCGAUGCCCAGCAACUUUGAGCAUCGCGUUCACACGGGAUUCGACAAGCGCGAAGGAAAAUACGUCGGUUUGCCGUUGCAAUGGGCGUCAAUUGUCGGCAACAAUCAAGUACUGAAAUCAACGAAUCGGCCCAUGCCACUUGUUGAUCCCUCGGCAAUUACGCCCACGGAAAUUCUCGAUUUGAAGACAAUUGUGAGACCGCAUGGCGAACACAAUGCAAGUCGAUCGUCGUCGGUGCUCGGAAAUAAUUCCGUCGUUUCGGGAACGGGCAACGGAGGAAUAAUUCUGCCAAAAACAUCACACGUUGCGCGUUCAAAUUCGCUCCGGAGUUCGAGUCCGCCACGCGUUCGACGCGAUUUGAUGGGAAAUGCAAAUGUGCCGCCUUCCGUGCCCGAAGAACCGACGCAAUAUCCGAGUAUGCGACGCGAUGGCACGAUGCCGUCGCAGCAACCGCAGCAACAAAUGCCGAAAAUGCAACAACCGCCAAACGUUCCGCCGCAUCAAACACGACCAAAUCACAUGCAAAUGCCUCCCGUUCCGCAGCAACAAUUGCCGACGUCGCAUCAUCCGCAUUCGCAGCAACAACAGCUGCCGGCGCCCAUGCACGGAAAUAACAAUGUCGAGCACUUGCCGCCGCAUCAUCAGCACCAGCCAACGAUGUAUCAUCAGCAGAAUGGAAAUCCGAUGCAACCGCUGAACGUUCAUACUGACAUUCCGCAGACACCUUUUUACAACAACAACAAUAGACCGCAGCAAGCCUCUCCCGUUGGAUCGAUCAGUAGUGCGGGCACUGUUCAACAGCAGCAUCCUCGAAUUCCGCCUCCUCAUGGCUUCGCUGGAGCAGGACAUCCACAGCAGCAGCAACAAGCACCAAAUCAUCCCAUUUUGCCUCCGCAUCAAUUUGCUUCCCAACCCCCAAUUCCGGGUCCCAAACACAUGCCAAUGCAUCCGCCUCACAUGACAGGCCCUCCGCAGCCUGGGCAUCAUCAAUUUAUGCCGCAUAACAAUGUUCCGGGUGCUCAAAUGCCGCCAACGCAUGCUCAUAGGCCUCCGAUGCCCGAUCAAAACCAAAAUAUGCAACAAAAUGCUCAACAGCAUCCGGCUCACAUCAGCAACGGAAAUAAUAUUCAUGCGAAACCCAAUUCAAGAGCUUCCAGUUCGAGUGGCGGAAAUGCAUCGACGACGCAUAGCACGGGAGGACAAAGUGCUCAAAUGGCAGCGGGGAAACAGGAACAAAGAUUAACACAUGAACAAUUCCGUGCUGCUUUACAAAUGGUCGUAUCAGCUGGAGAUCCAAGAGAGAAUUUAGAUAACUUUAUGAAGAUUGGCGAAGGUUCAACAGGAACUGUUUGUAUCGCAACUGACAAAUCUACAGGUCGACAAGUUGCUGUUAAGAAAAUGGAUCUGCGCAAACAACAACGACGCGAACUUUUGUUCAAUGAAGUCGUAAUUAUGAGAGAUUAUCAUCAUCCAAACAUCGUUGAGACUUAUAGCAGCUUUUUAGUGAACGACGAACUUUGGGUUGUCAUGGAAUUCUUGGAAGGCGGUGCCUUGACUGACAUUGUCACACACACUCGAAUGGAUGAAGAGCAAAUCGCUACAGUUUGCAAACAAUGUCUCAAAGCUCUUGCUUAUCUCCAUUCGCAAGGCGUAAUUCAUCGCGACAUCAAAUCCGAUUCCAUAUUAUUGGCAGCAGAUGGCAGAGUCAAACUUUCGGACUUUGGCUUUUGCGCUCAAGUCUCACAGGAAUUGCCAAAGCGUAAAUCUCUCGUUGGUACGCCCUACUGGAUGUCGCCCGAAGUUAUUUCUCGACUCCCAUACGGGCCUGAAGUCGAUAUUUGGUCACUCGGCAUAAUGGUGAUCGAAAUGAUUGACGGCGAACCGCCAUUCUUCAAUGAACCGCCAUUGCAGGCGAUGCGUCGCAUUCGCGAUAUGCCGCCGCCCAAAUUGAAGAACUCACACAAAGUGUCGCCGCGAUUGCAACAAUUUUUGGAUCGUAUGUUGGUGCGAGAUCCGAAUCAAAGAGCAACUGCAAAUGAGCUUUUGUCGCAUCCCUUCUUGAGACAAGCUGGUCCGCCAUCGUUACUUGUUCCGUUGAUGCGAGGCGCGAGACAUGCAAAUUGAGGCUCUCUCUUUCUUUCUUUCCAAUAAUUUUUUUUUUGUACAGUUACAAAAUUUUUAUUUUUGUAUGUUUUAUGAAAUACCGAUCGACGACAUUUACAAUGAAUAUCAAGAAGAAGACGAAAAAAAAAAGUUAAGAUUUAGAUUUAAGUGAAUAUUUUUUUAUAUCAAUUAAUUAAAUACUUUCCAUGGGAUGGUUUUAAGAUAAUUAAGCUGACUUACAUAUGUAUGAUGAUGUUAAAGUAACGAUAAGACUAGGAGAAUAGGAGAUAAUAUUUCAAACCUAUUUCUUGAAACUGAUACAUUCCCCUUUUGAAGAUAGAUGUCAGUAUUUAGAACGAUAACCGUCCAUCGCCUAUUGAAGAAACAGAUCUGUGCCGUUAGAAAUUUUCAUAUUGACAAUAACAUUUCUUGAAAAGAAAGGUUUUAAAAUUAUAAUCUUAAUGAAUCAGGUACUUAAGAAUGUAUAAAAAGUAAUAUUGUUAAAAUUUUUCGUUAAAAUUUUCUUUUUCUAUUAUCCAAUCUUCUAUUGUGUUAUAUAAAAAUUGCUAUUAUAAUGCAUUUACAUGUAUUUUUUUAUAUAUUCAAUAAAUAAAAAUCAUAUCUG